UGAGACGAGACUGCGCAAAGUCACUCGACGACUACCACACACCGACUCCGGCCAGACGCAACUCGAAUUCCUCAGAUACCCCAGUAUCAACCACCCACCUACAUCAAGAUGCCUUCCGAAGUCACCGACAUCAAGCAAUUCCUUGAGAUUGCCCGCAGAAAGGAUGCCACCGGCGCCCGCCUCAAGAAAUCCACAAAGUCCAAGAACAUCAAGUUGAAGCUCCGAGGAAAGCGUUUCCUGUAUACCCUCAACCUCAAGGAUGCCGACAAGGCCGACAAGAUCAAGCAGAGCUUGCCUCCUAAAAUGCCCUUCCAAGAAAUCGGCAAGAAGAACAAGAAGCCCAAGAAGGACUAGACAUCUCAACAGCCCCAGCGAAAUGCUUCGGUCAUCUAUUCCAGCGCUUGACUUUUUGACUUGAUCGGCUUUCAUCAAAAAAGGAUUGCGACCGAGUCGUUGUCAUUACCAUAUGUCUCUUUUCCUUGAACGUUCACCCUCUUAUUCACGGUUUCGACGGCAAUGGACUCGAUUGCAGAUUUUCUGUUCCAUUCCAAUUUAGAAUAUGGCUGGUUCGAAUGUUCUCACAUGAUGAUUCAUUCAGUCGGUCAUGUUUGAAAUUAUGGACUGGGUUGGAUGGAGAGUGUUCAUGAUAGUUCAUGGAUUCAUGAUCUUUUCGACGAUCUCGGGUUUUCGACCAGUCAGUCAAUCAGUCAAUUGUCUUGUGAUCCGGGAGUAUGGUGGAUAUCCAUAGCGAUUUAGACCAAGCCGGAAGAUCCAAAGCUGUGGACAGAGAGAGAGAGACAGAAAAAAUCAACGAAAAACAUAUGAAAUCACUUGAUGACCCUCAGUUUCUUCCUGACAACAUGUACUGAUAUAUCAGAUGAUUCGUUGAAAAGUUAUGCGACAGGAUCAAUUUCUCAAGAUCGGAGCAUCGCCAGAGGGAGCAAUAUACUCGACCUCCGUGUAAACAGGAUCAACAUCCCUAUGUAGUACAACCCGCGCCAGAUCGUG